AUGCUGGGCGGCGCGUGGCUGAGCUGCCCGGCGUUCCCUGCGGUCAUAUCGGAGUUUGAGGCGCUGCACACGAUCGAGUUUGAGGUCGCCACGUUUGGGGGGGACACGUUCACGAACGCCGCCAAGGUGCUGGCGCCGCUGAAGGAUCUGGAGCGGCUGUAUUUCCGCAGUACAGAUCUGGGCGGGGCCGUCCCAUGUGAUCUGGUCAAAGGCAAGGACAAGCUGAUGAUCCUGGACUUGAGCGACUCCAUGGCUUCCGGACAGCUGCCCGACUGCAUCCUUGGGAGCCCCUCGAUCGAGGAGCUGUACCUCACCCGCACCCGCAUGAGCGGCGGCCUGCCUGACACGAUCCCGUCUGGCAGCCGCCUGCGCGUCCUGUACGCGUGGAACGUCCACCCUGACACCGGCCGGCCGUGGCCCAACGGCCACUUCACUGGCCCGCUGCCGUCGACGCUGUCCAACGCUGUGGGCCUAACCGACCUGGUGCUCCCGCACCACCAGCUGACGGGGGACGUCCCAGCACUGCCCCAGGGCCUGGACUGGCUGGACCUGAAGGGCAACAGCAUAGCUACCAUGCCUGGCACGCUCCCGAAGAGCCUGCGGAUCCUGGAUCUGUCAGACAACGGCGCCGUCGGCGCGCUGCCGGACUUUGCAGAGACGAGCCUGGCCUGGGUGAACCUCACCAGCAACCGCAUCAGCGGGCCGCUGCCAGCGACGUGGGGAGGGUCGGCGCGCACGCUGAGCGUGCUGUGCAUCGGAAACAACAGCCUUGCUGGAGAUCUCGACGGCACAGAUUGGCGGAUGGAGCUGCUGGAAAUGCUCGACUUGUCGCACAACCAGAUCACCGGCGUGAUCGCGCCAGAUCUGGCGGCCCUGCCUUGGCUCAGCUUCAUCAACCUCGCGGAAAACAAGAUCGGCGGAACCUUGGACGAGUUCGCCGCCGCCCUGCCAGACCCCCGCACGCGCCGCCGCCGCCGCGCGGCCGCGCGGCGCCGGCGCGCGCUGCUGUCUGCGGGCGCGUACAACGAGGCGGCGCAGCUGCGGCGCCGCCUGCUCCGGGACGGGCCCGAGCCGGAGCCCGAGCCCGCGGCCGAGCCGGAGCCCGAGGCGCGGCAGCAGCGCGGGGCGAAGCCCGCGGCCGCGUCGCCCGCGGCCGCGCCUGCGGGGCGCGUCAAUUACUACCAUUCGGCCAAGUCCCCCAAGCCGGCGCCGCCGCCGACGGGCGAUGCGGAUGCUGACAAGCAGAGCGGGGACGAGCCCGCGGCCGCCGCGCCUCAGCCCCGGGCCCCGCGCGCGGCCUCCGACGCGCCGCAGCCGCAGCCACAGUCCGAGGUGGCGCCCAGCAAGGAGGCGCCGCCGCCGGCCGCCGCCCCGGCCGCCGCGGCGGGCGACGGGGAGGGCGCGCAGCGGGACGCGGCGCCGCAGCAGAUGGCCACCGUCUCUCGCGCCGCCGGGGGCACGCGGGGGCCCGUGGACGCCGCCGCGGCGCAGCGGAUGUGGGCGCCGCCGCUCGACACCCCGAGGCGGGGCAUCGCGCUGCCGCCUAUGGCGCCGAUCGACCCUUUCAAGGCGCCGGCCGAGCGGGCGCCGGCGACCCGCGGAGUCUACCUCGGAUCCAAGAUCACCUUCCUCGACUUCAGCAACAACAAGCUGGAGGGCAGCCUGCCCAUGGGCCUCCAGAAGCUGGGGGUGUUCCAGUGGGUCCAUGACUCACCACCUGACCAGCAGCUGUUCCACUACCUGUUCCUGGACAACAACGACAUCUGGUCCCAGAUCCCCAGUUACAUGCUCGACGCGAUCGCCAUCCCUGCCGAGUACAACCCAUGCCGCUGCAGCGUCUACCUGGACCUGACAAACACGACCCGCUUCUGCCCGACGCGCGCCACCAUCGACGCGCUCUCACGGGGCACCCUGGAGUCCCUGGUGACCGCUGGGCUUCCAGAGCUGUCAUGCCUCAGCGGCGGCGGUGGUGGAGGCGGCGAUGGCGGCGGCGGCGGCGGGCUCAAGCCGGCGGCGAUCGCGGGCAUUGUGGUGGGGGCUUUCGUGGCGGCGGCAGUGCUGGGAGGUCUGGUCUUCAUGGUGGCGCGCCCCUAUUUCCAGGAGCGCCGGGCCACCAGCUUUUUCAAAACGACAGAGCUAGAUCACCACCCCCAGAUCGCGAUCAACAGCGCCGAAGCCACAGAGGGGGGCUGGGGGCGCACCAGCGGCAGCGGCGGCGGCGUUGCAUCGGCGGCAGAUGGCGCAAAAGGCGCGAUCUGA